AUGGCCAGAGCUACGACUGCGCCAUAUCCUCCAAUACCGCCCCUGGAUACUACCAUGGAAGAUGGACUUGUAGAUGCACGAUCGAUCGCCAAGAAGGACAAACUUAUCGGUGCUGGAUAUACAUUCCACUAUAAGCCAAACUAUCGCUGGGUCUACUAUGCCAACAUGGUCAAGGACGAAAUACUAUCAUUCAAAUUGGUUGACACCAAUCUCUCCCUGGCGGGUUCCACACAAUACCUUUUUCGAUGA